AUGGGUCACUCGCACGGUUUGAGAUCCGGCACUCGGUAUGCCUUCAGCCGUAACUUCAAGGAGCACGGCCAAAUCGCCCUGUCGACCUACCUGAAGACCUACCGGGUCGGUGAUAUCGUUGAUAUCAAGGUCAACGGUGCCGUUCAGAAGGGUAUGCCCUACAAGGUCUACAACGGUAAGACCGGUGUCGUCUACAACGUGACCAAGUCCUCCGUCGGUGUCCUCCUCUACAAGGUUGUCGGCAACCGCUACCUCGAGAAGCGCGUCAACGUCCGCAUCGAGCACGUCAAGCACUCCCGCUCCCGUGAGGACUUCAUCAAGCGUGUCAAGGAGAACGCCCAGAAGAAGCGCCAGGCCAAGGAGCAGGGCAUCCACCUCCACCUCAAGCGCCAGGCCGUCCAGCCCCGUGAGGCCCACCUCGUUGAGGGCACCACCCCCGAGACCAUCACUCCUAUCCCCUACGACACUCACAUCUAA